AUGUUCUUAAUGAGAUCCGAAUAUGACCGUGGUGUUAAUACAUUCAACCCACAAGGUCGUCUUUUCCAAGUUGAAUAUGCCAUCGAGGCUAUCAAACUCGGUUCAACAGCUGUAGGAAUUCAAACACCUGACGGAGUUGUUUUGGCUGUAGAAAAACGUUUAACUUCCUCUCUUUUGGAACCAUCAUCUGUUGAAAAGAUUAUGGAAAUUGAUUCUCAUAUUGGAUGUGCCAUGUCUGGUUUAACAGCUGAUGCUCGUACACUUGUUGAACAUGCUCGUGUUGAAACUCAACAACAUCGUUUUACAUACAAUGAACCAAUGGGUGUUGAAUCUUGUACCCAAGCUGUUUGUGAUCUUGCUCUUCGUUUCGGUGAAAAUGGGGAUGACUCUGAUGAUGAGGAUUCUGGUGCUGGAAUGAGUAGACCAUUCGGUGUUGCCUUGCUGAUUGCAGGUAUCGAUGAAAAUGGUCCAAGCUUGUAUCAUACUGAUCCGAGUGGUACUUUUACGAGAUAUGAAGCCAAAGCAAUCGGAGCAGGUUCUGAAGGUGCUCAAACAACUCUCCAAGAAGAAUACAACAAAUCAAUGUUCCUUGAACAAGCAGAAAAUUUAGCCAUUUCCAUUUUAAAACAAGCUAUGGAAGAAAAGGUAAACUCCUCUAAUGUUGAAAUUGCAAGCAUUACUGUUAGUAAUCCUGUCUUUACUGUUUACUCCAAAGAAAAGUUAGAGGAAAUAAUCAAUAGAGUUGCCAACAAGUAAUUUCUGACACUGAUGUAAAAUUGUAUAAUCUACCACCCAUCCCAAUAUUUCCCAAUUCCCAAAAAACCUAUUAAAAGCAUUGUAUUUUAUUUUUGUAAAUAUUCC